UUUAGCUCGUUUCUGUAACUGCUCUACAGGCGCAUGAUAACUUCUUUUUGCUAUCGUACGCAGGCAUGGCGGUUUGCUGAAAACGCCGGGAAUGGGUGGCAGAGGUAGGAAGAAGAAGGAUGCCCCACCUAGGGGAGGUUCAUCGAAGGAGGUUGCUGGUGCAAAAAGUGUUGAGAAUGUUGCUACGAAUAGUCCGAUUGAGGAUGCUGUUAAGGCACAAGUUGAGGUAGUAAAGCUCGCUGCAAAGGAUCUUGAGCUUAUGGGUCUUGUGGUAGAGGAGGUGGGUAAUUUGCAGUCAGAUCCGAGGGAUCCUGGGGUGGAUGAGGCGACAGAAAUUGAGUCUAGAAAGGAGGCUGUGGUAACCCAGGUUCUCACUAAUUUAGAGGAGGGGCAGAGGGAAGGUAAAAGGGUAGUGGGUUUAGAUACCCAAUCUCCAGAAUCCCCUGCUAAGCUUUUAAUUGGUACCAAUGGGGCUAGUUCUUCGGGUGUAAAGCCUGAGACUCCUAGAGUUCGGUGGAUUGAUUUGGUUGAUGGAGAGAAGGAUGAAGUACUGACUCAGCCACUACGGAAGCCGGUUAGGAGUUGGUCGUCGGUAGUGCAAGGAAAUAGGGAUAUUAGGAAGGGAUGGGAGUUGCAGUAUGUAAAACCUCAAGACCCCUCUGGUGCUGUGGUGAUUACCGAGGAUGAAUGGAUGCUAGUGGAAGUUGAGAUUAUGGAGGAGUUACCACAGGUGGUACCUGUAGUUGGGCCCAAGGGUAUUUUCCAGCAACCAGUAAUCUUUGAAUGGUCCCCAGUGCGCUGUGGAAACUGUGGUAACCUUGGACAUGAGGAAAGGAAUUCUAUGGUACAGGUUGAGCCUAAUAUACUUAGUGAGGUUGUUGUCCAACAGUGCAAGCAUGAUGAAGUACUAGAGUCUACGGUGGUGGUUGAUAAGGAAAUGCCUAUAAUGGAAUCUGAUCAUGUCAAAGGAACUGUUAUUGAUGAUGGUAAUGUGACAGCUUUGUUUCCGGAAGUGUUUUCAAGACAGGCUGGUGAAGAAGCUGUUGGUGGACAAGUUCUUGCUCAGAAAGAUGGGAUGCAAGUGGCUGGUGGAGGUUUUUUUUUCCCUCUCUUAAAUAAAUGAUCACUGUUGCUUUUUGGAAUGUGAGGGGUUUUAAUGACCCUUCUCAUCAAGUAGAGGGUAGGAAUUUUUUACUGACAAAUAAGAUUUCAGUUAUGGCUUUUUUAGAAACUAGAGUGAAAUAUGAGAAUAGUAAUAGAGUAGUUAAAAAAUU